AUGCGGUCGGACCAGUCCAGCACCACCACGAGCACGACGGGCCUCCUGCUGGCGACCACGACCAACGCGCUGAGCGCUUCCCUCCCGACCACCACCUCGGCACCCUACGAUUGCGGCAAGGGCGAGCCUGAGGACUGGUCACCAGGCCAGGCGAGGUGGUGCUGCGACAGGGAAGAGAUCGGCUGCAACGCCACCACGCCGCCCCCGCCGCCAGAGUUGCAGCAGAGCGACGACGCCGUGUCGACAACGGCAGAAUACGAGUGCAACACGGGUGAGGAUAUCCUGACGUGGAAUGUCACCAAGCGGGUCUUCUGCUGCGUGAACCACCAGCGGGGAUGCCCGACGACGCCUCCUCCAGUACCGGAUCCACCCCUUCCCGACCCAGCGGCGCCGAAAGUGGGGUGCAGCAACGACUGCUCCUUCCAGGGGCACCUCUCGACCUGCUCAGGCCACAUCCAGUGGGCCGCCCGGCAGUGGUACUCCAACACUUCCAACGCUUGCCUCACCGCCUUCGGCCUGCUGCUGCAGCAUUGCCCCGCGUGCAACAGCUGUACUAUUGCACAGGCGGGCUGCCAGCAGCCGACGCAGCCGCCGACCACCUCGCUGUAUCCGGCCGCGCCGCAGGCCGGCGCGCCCGAGGCCGCUGCCGAUGCGCCACCGCCACCCGAAGGACAACCCUCGCCACCCCAAGGAGCUGGCGAGCAGACCAAGGGGGACCAGGACGCCAGCCCUGACGCCGAAGAUGGGGACGCACCUUUCGACUGCGACCCCGACGCCUCCGACGUGGACGCCUGGACCAUCCUGCAGAGGGUCUUCUGCUGCAAGGAGAAGGAGGUUGCUUGCCCCAAGCCGCCAGGCGGCAGCACGAAGCCGCACGAGGCGCAGGCAAACUCGAGCGCCGGCACGCCCGAGCAGCCCGACGAGCAGUCGGAUGCCUACCCGUGCGAUGCGAAUCCGGAGGAGGAUUGGGACUCGAAGCAGAAGGAGUGGUGCUGCGAGCACAAGCAGGUAGGCUGCGCGGCGACAACCACGGAAUUCGAGUUCAACUGCGUGGCCGCUUUCAGCACCUGGCAGCAGGGCACCGCGCUCUCCGCCAAGCACCAGUGGGAGAGCCCCGACUGCCUUAUCACGCCUACUCCACCCUCGGCUCGCCCCCUGGAGGACGGCGCAGCCAUUGCAGUUGCCCAGGGGAUUGCUUCGCGGAACGAGAUCAUAGCGCCAGUGACCACCGGCAUCAGCGACGCCCUGCGAUUCCAGGACCGCGCGCACCAUGCCAUCACCUCCCUGGACCGGGAAUUCGCGCAGACCUCUCCGACCGAUUACCACGACUUCCUGGAGCUGGCGGCGGCCUCUGCCGCUGGCGACUUUCUCGCGCCCAAGACGGAGCGCCAGUUCUCUGCCUUCUCCGCUGACACGGUCCGCAUGAUCAAAAUGAAGCAGGAGGCCAUCAGAUGGGCCACCUGGCUCGCCGACCAACGUGGGCACCCCCGACCUCGCGGUGCGGUGGCGGAGCUCUGGAAGAUGACGGGCCCUCAAGCUACUACUGCGGCGCAGGCGUUGAUCACGGGCAUUGCCAACAGCGCCGCGAUUCCCGCGCAGUUCAAAGAUGGGGCCACUGCGCAGCUACGCAAGCCCGAAGGUGACGGCACCAACGCCCGUGAUCACAACAGGACACUGAACAUCUUCGACCAUCUCGGCAAGGGCGUAUCCAAGCUCAUGGCUCGGCCUUUCACUGGACUGGCUACCUCCAGAAUAGAGCCCGCCCAGCUCGGGACUACGGCGAAGCGCGCCGCUAGAUAUGCCACUGCGAUGAUAGAGGACAUCUUUCGCCGUUUCCAGAUCGGGGCCAGACACGCUAAGAAGAGUAAGAUCAUGGUGGGCGUCCUGGCUGACCUGGAGAAGGCCUUCGACCUUCCCCCCAGGGAUGCCAUCUGGGCUGAGGAUGAGCGCGCCAUCCCAUCUAUUACGGCUACCCUGGAUUUAGAGGACGUCACCGCGUGCCUAGAUGAAUCCCGCGCGUGCUUCGUUGAUGACUUGAGUGCGUUUGCUAUCUUCGAGCGCUGGACGGAGGUCGCCGAUUUCGCUGCCUUCGUCGCGCACGUGCUGAGGGACAAGGACUACCACGUGAAUCCCCUCCGCGGGGUAGCCGGCGCGCGCGCGUCCGCCGACCGGCUCGUUUUCAAGCUGAAGAACAGGCCGGAGGCCGCUGACCGCAAGGCUCUCGCCUUCGAGUCUGCGCUGCUGCACCUCUUCGGCGACGCGGAGGUUGCGGAGAGGGUCGCCUGUAUUCUUCCUGCCCUCGCGUCCCUCCUCGCGGGCGAGCGGCCUGAGGCGCUGGACAUCCUGCGGCGCAACGUGGCGCUCCACUCCGAGGGGCCCUGCGGCGCGUCUCUGGUCUCAGCUGGCCAUGCCGAACUGCGCAGGGCCCGGAAGCACGCGCGUAGGCUCGAGGCGAGGAGGGCGGACACCCAGCCCGCGGCUCACAUGCUGUUGCAGGGCCCCCCGCCCCUCGAGCUCUUUGCGGAGGAGGUGUUCGAGGAUCACGGCGACGAGGACUCUCCGUGUGGCGAGGCGGCUGCUGCUGAGUUUCCGACCAGGGGCGCCCCCCUCGCCCUGGUCGACGGCUCUGAGGGGGUGAGUGGGGCCGCGGGCCCGCCGCAGGGCGCCGUGCCAGUUUCGCAGCCUGGCAGUGGGGCAUCUCGUCGCGCCCCUGGCUGGCGGCUGGCGCGCGCGGCAGUCGCCAGAGCCUGGCUGGAGCCUUCGCUGGACGAGGACGCCGUCCCCGAGGCUGCGGGCGGCGCGCUGCGGGCGCGGAGAGUCCGCUUUGCAGAUGCCCCGCAAGUUUUCGAGAUUGGGAGCUGCUCGGGCCUGCGUGGUAUUCUUCGGCGGGGGAGCGCGCCAGGGUUUCUGGGCCCCGCCUGGACGCGCCACGCAAAGGCCGUUGACCUCAUGCACUUGGAUUCCUCCCACGCGGAGGCCGCUGCAUCAUAG